AUGACAACUGAAAUAAGUGAAGAAUACGUACGAGCUGUGAUUGAAAACAGUCAAUCUAUUUACUCACUUCGAACUCCAGAAGAUAUACAUCUGAUUAUGAUGAUAGUGGAUUCUCUUCUCAUAUCAUCUUCACGUAAAUUGAUGGAUGUUGGUAUCUUUUUGAGUGAGUAUGACUCCGUUGAGAAAGAAUAUAAUCAAGAAUCUAAUCACCUUGAAGGCUGGGAUUAUCAUCAUGCUGAUCACGAAGAACAUAUUCAAUCCGAUGUGGAAAGACUUCCGAUGAUAGAGGAAUCUCCAUUUGAAUCAGAAACUCCAGAUGUGAAAAGACUUCCGAUGAAAGAAGAAUCUCCGGAAAUUUAUGAUGAUCUUUACGAAAUGGGUGAUUGGUGUGAUGUAUGUGAGAAUUACGUUGAGGAAGAACACAUUCAUACGUUUUGCUCAGAGUGUGCCCAGAUUGUGGAAUCCCAUAAAAACGGGGCGUAUAUAAACGAGUGUAUCUGUGAUUUCGUACCAGUGAUUGAUUAUUUUAACUCGAGAGAAGAAUUGAGACGGUUUUUUUUGGUAAAUAAUACUCAAGGUUUGUGUAUAUUUUGUGAAAAUGGUUGCUCAGAUGAAUUGUGUACGUGUGAGUUUACAUGUGGGUUGAAAUAUGUGAUGGGGUAUGAUAAAUAUGGAAAGGUUAAAUAUAGUACAUGUGGUUGGUAUUCUGAUAAUUUAAAAUAUGUUGAACACGAUUGUCAAGGUGGAGUUCAUCGUGGAUUCGAUUGUUUGAAUGAUGUAACUAUGGGAGUUGACAAAAGAAAAGACAUAUCCAGUUCUGACUCUGAUUCUGAAUCCAAGAGGUUGAAGGUUUAUGAGAGACGAGAUGGUGAAGAGGAAUUCGUGGAGCUCGAAUCCAAACCAUCUGGAUCUAAACGAAAGCAAUCUGACUCUCAAGGUGAUAAAGAGGAACCCAAAUCAUCAGGAUCUAAAGGAAGACAACCCAAUCCUCGAUUAUCCCAAAAACGGAUCAAGAAUUCGGACAAGCUUGAUGAGGAGAUGAUUAAUAGGAUAUUGUUAUUGGGUGAUGAUAAUAUAAAAGAAUUUUUAAAUUGCGAAAAAUCUUAUCAACUUUCUAAUUUGGUUGAUGGAAUUGCAUUCGAUAUCAUCAAGACCGAGAGUGAUGAUUGGGAAGAAAAAAUGAGUGUGCUUCAAUUGUAUAUCAAGAUUAAACGUGAGAUUUAUUCGAUUAUCGAAAGGAAUAUUCCAGAUAAAACUCCGGAUGUUUGUACAUGGUUGGUGAAAGUUUAUCAAGGACCGUCGAGGGGAAUGAUGUAUGAGGAUUUUAAGCUUCAAAAGUGGUUAUCUGAAAAUUCCAAUGUAAAUAACGAUUGA